UGUACUUCAGCUUAGAUUAACAUUCAGAACAUCACGAAGCACUACGCACUUCUGCAACUUUUCUAAUCUUUCGGCUGCAGCCCCUCUCGUACAGAUGCUGGCAGUGAUACCAUGAGACCUUCAGAGGGAGGAGAAAUAAAAAGGGCAUGCGAGAGAGAGAGAAGAUGACAAAUUAACAGGAUAUUGGUGUCACUUACGUUUUUGUGUGUAGGGUUUCACAUGUGCAGUUUGGUCCUGGCGGUCGGCGUUAGCAGUUUAUUCAGGUGGAUAUCCGAAACAAAAGACUAGAUUUGCUUACGUAGAAAUCUCCUAAAUCGAGUCACUCAAGAAGGAACAUCAUGAGGCUCAUUUUCAGCAAUGCCCUGAUGUCUCUUGUUCUUGGAUCUUGUUUCAUGACCAAUCAGUCACAAGAGCCAGAUAAGACAAACACAAAUGCCUCCAUAACAUUAUCGAAUGAGACUGUGGAAACAACAUUUAGUGCUAAAAGCACCAGCACGGUAAUACCCGGAAAUACUGUUAUCAAACUAACAAUAGAUAAAGAUCUGGUUCGUUCAGAACCCACACAGUAUUAUCAAAUGAGUACAGAGAUUGAAAAAACAACAGCUAAGGUUACUAUUGAACCUGUUAGUGUGACCAAACAGACAACACCAACAUCUGUUCCUGAAAGAACAACUCCUCAAGAAUACACCACACUGGCUUUAGAAACAGUCUCCACACUUACUUUGACUGAAUCAGCAACUUCAGAUUCCUUGCCAAGCACGAGUCUGCAUGAAACCACUGGUGGCCUUACCAUUGUUGACCUGACCAGUUCUGGACAUCACGAAUAUGAGACCACCACAGCAACAGUUGCCAUGACUACUAGUUCAACAAAAGCCCUCGACCCCACAACCAUAAUUUCUAAACAACCCAUAGACAUGAUUGAGUCGACACCCAUCACAUUCCAAACUGUGGACAUCACGACAGAAGCAGUGGACACCACGUCUCUUGACGUUACAUCAAUGACCACAACUACACCUCUACUCUCUACAUCACAGUUUUUUCACGAAUCUCCUGAACUAGAUCACACAACGCCUGAAGAUGACUCACUCUCCGCCCAUUCCACACCUUCCACCAUGGGUGGAAUUGUGAGGGGAAGUAUCUUUCCCCUCCAGACCAAUUGGCUUUUAAUAAUCAUAGUGUGUGCUGUCAUCAUUUGUGUGCUAUUAGCAGGCAUGCGUUUGUUCGUCCAGCGGCGAAAGAAAAACGCCUCGCGGAAGUUCGACCCAGGGUACGUGAAUGGACAAAGUAAAAAGUCCAAGAAGAAAAAGGGGGCGGAGAACAAUGCAUGGGCAGGGCCUGUGCAUCUGGAGGCUGAAGAGGGAGUGGAAUGUGAUGGAGAAGUACAGGGGGCUCUGAUGCCUUGUGAUGGAAACAGGGAUGAAGAUAUGGUGCUCAGCACUUUUUCUGCCCUGGAAACAGAUGACACACGUAAUGGUGGAGUGGGCGGAGAAGGAACCAAAGAGGCAAAGAUAUGGGAGGAUCAAGAACCUCUGCUUUACAUAGAUGAGGAUGUGAAGGAGGACAACAUGGGAAAUAGAGCGGGAAGUAAUGACACACAGGAAGUAAAUGAGAAAGUAGGUAAUGGAGAGAAGAUGCCAAAUGGACGAGAAACAUUCUGUAUCACCACUGCUGUCUGAACAUUUUUAAAAACAAAUCUAUUUAUGAAUAUAUUUCGAUCCAUUGAAUUAGAUCCAGUGAAACAUAAAUUCACUUUUAAUGCAAAAUAAUGACUGAAUUUAUUAAGCGUUGUUUAAUUUUAUUAUGAUUGAAUUCAUUAUGAUUCUAUAUUCCACUUCCUGUAAUUUUGACCUGCAUUGUCUGAAUUUUAUUUUGCACCGAUACAAGAGAUUUAUACAAUAUGCAAUUAAAUUAACUAAUUCAGAGAGUGUUUUUUUGUCAAGUAAUAAAAAUACGUACAUGUCACCAUUAAACAUUUUGUUGAUUAAAAAUAUAAUAAAUCUUAGCAAAAUACCAAGAUUAAAUACUAAUCAACGAUGGUUUAAAGAUAUGCCUUCAGUUAAAGUUCAUGGGUCUAAUCCAGGAAAAUAAUGAAGGGAAAUAUUUAAAUAUCAUUUAAUAUGACAUGACAUAAAUUAUAAGAUAUACAAUUUUUUAGGCUUUUUUUCUUCAGAACGUUGGUAACCAUACAACAUUGGCCCCUAUUGACUCCUGUUGUGUGGACACAAAACCACUGAGACAUUUCUCAAAAUAUCUUAUUUUGUGGUUCAUAGAAGAAAAAGACAAUAUGUAGGUUCUGAAUGACAUGGUGGUAAAUAAAUGAUGACCGUAUCUAAUGCACGAGAGUACAUGGCCAGCAGAUGGCGCUCCUGACAACGUUUUCAACAUUCUAAUGCUCACUAACAAACAUUUGUUUUACAUUUAAAUACUUUGGAUAAAAAGUUACAUUACAGUGAGCUCCUAAAUGCAAGAGUCAGUUUUACACAGAUCCGUCCCUUCCCACAUACCUUGGUAAAUAAACAAUGCAUUGUUACAAAAAGGGUAUGUGUGU